CCCCCCCCCCCCCCACGGAGAUUCUAAGCAUGCUGCUGCUGGAGGAGGCGGAGACCUUUGCAGACCAGCCUCAUACCGCUCCCUUCGGCUCAGAGAAUGAAGCACAGGGAGGGGACUCUGCGGGAUGGCAAUGCACCCCCCCAUCUACCUCAGCCUCGGGGGAGACGCCGUCCCACCCCUCAACGCAGCCCCACUCUCGACCGUCCUCACGGCCUGAGAACCAAAUCCCCUCGCAGUCCCUGAGUGAAACCAAGAAGAGGUCCCACUCCAACAAACCCGCACACAUGAGGAGGAACAUCAGAAAGCUACUGAGGGAGCAGCAGUUGGAGGCGGUGACCAAAGCUGCCCAGCAGGAGGAGCUGGAGAGGCGGCAGAGGCUGGAACAGCAGAGGAAGGAAGGGCACGUCCCUGUGGCCCUGCUACCUGAGUACACACCAGGACAUCUGUCUCAGAGUGUGUCUACUCGCCUGGCCAAACGGGAUCAUGUGAUCUGCCUGGACACCAGUAACAGAGGCACUAACGUCAGAGAAGACGACUCCAAAGCUCUGGUCCCAGAAGCGCACGCCCCCAAAGAAGACGUGAUCGAGCUCAGCUCCGGCGAGGACGAUGCCCUACAGAUCAGCAGCGAGUCCACCAAUGAGGAGGAGGAGCGGUCGGAGGAGGCCAGCGGCGCCCACGUCAACGACGCUGUAAACCAACCGGACGCCCUGGGGCGUGUCUUGGUCAACCUGAACCACCCUGCUGAGGAGGUAGACCUGUUCCUCUCCCCUCAACUGGUCCGGGCCGUCAAACCUCACCAGAUCGGUGGGAUCCGGUUCCUGUAUGAUAACCUGGUGGAGUCUCUGGAGAGGUCUAAGCGCAGCAGUGGCUUCGGCUGUAUCCUUGCCCACAGCAUGGGCCUGGGCAAGACCUUGCAGGUCAUCUCCUUUAUAGACAUCCUGCUUAAACACACGCAGGCCCACACCGUGCUCGCCAUCGUUCCUGUCAACACGUUACAGAACUGGCUGGCUGAGUUUAACCUCUGGGUCCCUUCCUCUGAGGCAUUACCUGCAGACAUCAACCCCGCCCACUUCUCCCCACGCAUCUUCAAGGUCCACAUCCUGAAUGACGAGCACAAAACCACGGCCAGCAGAGCGAAGGUGAUCUCUGACUGGUCGCUGGAUGGCGGCGUGCUCCUGAUGGGGUAUGAGAUGUACCGCCUGCUGUCCCUGAAGAAGAGCUUUGUGGCGGGCCGGAAGAAGAAGUCCAAGAAGCCCCAAGGACCAGUGGUCAUUGACCUGGACGAAGAGGACCGGCAGCAGGAGCUCCUCAAAGACAUAGAGAAAGCCCUGUCUCGCCCAGGCCCGGACGUGGUGAUCUGUGACGAGGGCCACCGCAUUAAGAACUGCCACGCCAGCACCUCGCAGGCCCUGAAGAACAUCCGUACCCGGAGACGUGUGGUCCUCACGGGAUACCCACUCCAGAACAACCUGAUAGAGUACUGGUGCAUGGUGGACUUUGUCAGGCCUGAUUUUCUAGGUACCAGGCAGGAGUUCAGUAACAUGUUUGAGAGGCCCAUUCUGAACGGGCAGUGUGUGGACAGCACGCCUCAGGACGUCCGGUUGAUGAGAUACCGAAGUCAUGUCCUCCAUAGCCUGCUGGAAGGCUUCGUCCAGAGGCGUGGCCAUAACGUGCUGAGAGACCAGCUCCCCUCCAAGGACGAGCAUGUGAUCAUGGUGCGCCUGUCGCCCCUGCAGAGGGCCCUCUACACAGAGUUUAUGAACCGCUUCAGAGAGGCAGGCAACAGCGGCUGGCUCAGCCUUAACCCACUCAAGGCCUUCUGCGUGUGCUGCAAGAUCUGGAACCACCCAGACGUGCUGUACGAGGCGCUGCAGAAGGAGAAUCUGGCCAAUGAGCAGGACCUGGACCUGGAUGACAUCACCAACGGCCACGCCCGCUGCCCAGCCCCCAACCAGAAGGGCAAGACCUCGGAGGACCCCAACAGCAUCGGAGGGCUGAGUCUCAACGCUCUGCAGGAGAAGGCCAACCAGGUCAUCACCUACGAAUGGGCGAAGGAGAUCAUGUCUGACUAUAAACCCGGGCUCUUGGAGAACUCUGCUAAGAUGGUCCUGCUGUUCCACCUGAUCGACGAGAGUGUGAGGAAGGGAGACAAGAUCCUGGUGUUCAGUCAGAGUUUGUCCACCCUGUCAGUCAUCGAGGAGUUCCUGGCCAAGAGGCCCAUACUGGCAGGCAGCGCCAGAGAGGGCUACAACCAAAACUGGGUCCGCAACCACAACUACUACAGACUGGAUGGGAGCACAUCUGCUUCAGAGAGAGAGAGGCUCAUCAACCAGUUCAACGACCCGUCCAACACCUCCGCCUUGAUCUUUCUGCUGUCCACCAGGGCUGGCUGUCUGGGGGUGAACCUGAUCGGGGCUAACCGCGUGGUGGUGUUUGAUGCCUCCUGGAACCCCUGUCACGAUGCCCAGGCCGUAUGUCGGGUGUACCGCUACGGCCAGAAGAAACCCUGCCAUAUCUACCGCCUGGUCUGUGACUUCACCCUGGAGAAGAAGAUCUACGACCGACAGAUCUCCAAGCAGGGCAUGUCCGACCGAGUGGUGGAUGACCUGAACCCGGUGCUGUCGUUCACGCGAAGGGAGGUGGAGUCUCUGCUGCACUUCGUGGAAGAGGAGCCUGACGUGUCACAGGUGCAAUUACAGCCCCACCAGGAGAUAGAGACGGGCAUCAGACAGGCCUACCAGCUCUACCCUCACCUUGUCACCAAGCAACCCUUUCACCACGAGUCUCUCCUGAUGGAGCGAUGGGAGAUGAAACUCACCAAAGCCGAGAAGAAGGCCGCCAAGAAGAGCUACGAGGAUGAGAAGCGUGCGUCGGUGCCCUACACGCGCCCCUCUUAUGCCCACUAUUACCCUGCCAGCGACCAGAGCCUGACAAAUAUCCCUGCCUUCAGCCAGCGCAACUGGCGCCCACCCCCCCGACAAGAUGAGAAGCCGGUGGCCAGUGUCCGCCCAGUUCAGUCGACUCCAAUUCCCACGAUGCCUCGCCAGGCAUCUCACAGCUCUGCCCCCACAGCAGACUCCGACUCCAGCUCGGGCUUUCCCGUCAACUACCUGCAAACGGCGGGCGUAUUCGUCCAGAAGAUCGUCACCACCACAGAUAUCGUGAUACCUGAAACCAACAGUUCAACUGAUGUUAAGGCCAGUAUCAGUGCAGGAGAGAGCAUCCACGUCAUCAGAGGAACGAAAGGGACCUACAUCAGGACUUGUGAUGGGAGGAUAUUUGCCAUCCGCACUAGAAGCAAGCCCAAGGCAGGGGAAGAGAGCUCAGCUGCUGCACCCAAAGACACCCAGAAGGUAUCGGAGGAGGCCUCCGCCAACGGCUGUGUGACUCGCCUGCUCUCCCCCGACAGCCCUGAAAUCCUGAGUGAACUCCAGAGGUACGAGGCUGCAACCAGAAUCAAGGCCCAGCAUCAGCAGGGCUCCAAGGCUUCGUCUGCAGGUGCAGCGGCUCCACAGGAGAAGGCGCCGGCGGAGAGCAACAAUGGCAGCAGGAUGACUAGCCAUGCCAAGCCCUGGAGCGAUGCCUCCUCCCCGGCCAAGCCCAGCACAGAUGCCAUUGCUGCCCUGGACCUGAGGGGCACCAAGCGCAAGGCCUGCACCCCGUCCAACGUCGAACGGGCCAACAAAAAGCAGCCGGCCCCCAGCAAGCGCACCUCGGCCCAGUUGCCCCCCCAGGCUUUUCCCUUCGCGGCGGGCUAUGACCUCCCACCCAUGGGCCUCAACCCAGCCAUGCUGGGCUCCAUGGGGCACCCCAUAUUCAUGGGGGCCGGCUUGCCCUACUUCCAGUCCCACAGCCAGCAGGGUGACCACCGUCUCAUGUUCCCCAUGACUCCCGACCCCUUCGGCUUGGGGGGCGGCACCCUACCUAGAUCCUCCUCCACCAUCACCUCCUCGUCUGCCCCUGACUCUGCCUCCCUAGCUCCCUUCAUGCUGGGUGCUGGUAUGGCUGGCAUGCUGCCCCCAGGUUUCCCCAUGUCCUACGGCCAGUCUCUGUGUAUGUAUCCUAACUUGCUGCUCCCCAGGGAGCUACCGGCCGCCACCCCUGGCCCCGCUGGCUCCAGCUUCUUCUCCCACUUCCCCUCCUCCUCCGGCCUGAUGGGGGCAGGGCUGGGUUGCUCUGUUGCCCACGGCUCGGCAGAGAACGCCGGUGGAAGCAGCUCAGACAGCAACAACGACGAUGAAGAUGAUGAUGAUGUCAUUGAGGUGAUGGGACAAUGAGAGCCUCCAACCGUAGGAAAGAGGCAUGUGGGUUGUAGGGGACAGUUAGUGGAGUUGCUGGGGCUUGGAGAGCUGAAGAGAAAGGGAAGGGACAACCAAGCCCACCUCCUCCACUAAGACCUAUUCCCCAUCCCAAAUGCAACAUGCACACCUUUCAGAAAACGAGAAUCUGUGUUGGAAUAUAACAGACUGGACCAAGCACCAAAUCCUUAUGCUGAAUAUCUUAUUUUAAAAAAUGUAAGACAAAUCUGAACGUAUAUGAUGAAGAAAAAUGAACUUGGGGCUUCCAAAAUGUUGUCCUGUACUGGCAUUUGCAAAUCACUGAAACAAGCGACUGCUGGGUUUGGACCUGCAAAUCACUUCUUUGUCUUCUAUUAAAAAAAAAUGUUCCCAACAGUUGAUGACAGACUAGGUUAAUAACUAACUGACAAUAGACUAGAGUUAAUAUGUCAAUUUUAUAUACGUAGUUGGUAGUAAUUAUUGUAUGGCGCAAAAUAUCAGUUACAUGAUAUUGUUCUUGAUUGUCAUUAUAUGCUACUGAAUAUUAUUUUAUAUAGUAGUCGUACUCUAAACAUGUCACAACUGUUUUCAAAAUUGAUUUGAUUUGCCCUUGAAUUUACUGCGUUUCGUUUUUCAGACAAUUGCCUACUUGAGACUCAACUCAAAGAAACAGUUAGGCUCUUUGUUGGGUGAAAAACUAAGUCAAAAACCUUAAACUCAAAGAAUGUAUGCUUAUUUACGACUUUAACGCAGACCUUGGGGACAGACAUCACACUUGGGAAGAUCUGAUUUCGAUUUUUGAUAUGUCAUCUACAUUUUUCAAAUGUACACAUCAUCUACAGGCGACGAUGUGAAAACUGUGAUCUUGCUAAGCUCCAACUGUCCGAAGGGAGCUGAAUUGAAAAUGCCUUGCCUCUGUCUGUCUGAAUGUUACCUAGUGGGAGUAGAGAAACAGCGAGACGGGCAGUCCUAGGACCUGGAUCUCACCCAUAGUCUUACUGUAGCUUUGCUAAGUGAUGCAAAUAUAACCCAUGAACCCUCUGGUGGUCAGGUGGGUCACCUGUCUACUUCUCUGUCUGUUUCUGCAUCGUGUACCCAAGGGUUCUAGAGUAGAGAACUUCUGUCAUAAUGACUCGCUCUGCCUUGUGGAUAGCAUGAUCACUCGUUUUCAGUUCCUUUUUCUCAUCUUUGGCGUAUGUGAUUUCAAUGGAAAAACAAACAGGGUUCAAGAGAUCAUUGUCAAACCAAAAUCAUUUGAGAGAAGUCAAAAAUAGCUGUGCCAAAAAAAGUACAACUUAUAGCACUCUUCAGAGAGGAUCAUUCUCUGAAGCGACCAAACGUCACCGUCAACUGCUAUUGGCCUAGAGAAGAGGGUUUCUUUCCCUAAUUUGGUCACAGUUUGUCAUUAUAGACUUAGUAAGCUCAUUGUAAAGAUGAUGCUGGCUUAAGACUUCACUGUGUAACAAAGGUUAAGUAUUCAAAGUAUAUUGAUUUAGAGAGGGGGGAGUCAGGUCUGUGACCUGGUUCUGUUUAAUAAACAACAGAACUUUUCAUUUCUGUUACUGCUGACUGUGUUAUUGCCCCCCUCAUUACAUACGUAGGCCGCCUACUGUCUCAUGCCGCAUUCACGUGCUAGUCGUAACUAGGAAGCUCGGAAAUGUCCAACUUGCUAACUGGUUGAGCGCAGCAUGUGUAUAACUACAAUCAAUUAGCAAGUCGGGAAAUGUCUGACUUUCCGACUAGCAUGUGAACGCGGCAACUACCCAACACUUUGGGAAGCCCAGCCCACCACCUCCACCAAGUCCCUAGCCUUGAGUCUCUUCAGCAAGAGCUUUAAACUCCAGUAAUUGCAUUUAUUAUGAGACCCUUACAUCAUCAGACUUGUUCAUCUUUUCAUACCAUACUUAAGGUAUUAACUGACCUGUUCUUUUUAUUUUUUUAUGUACCACUUUUAUUAUGUACCACUUUUAUUUAUGACAGUGCAUAUUUAUUCAUUCCUUUUUUUGUUCUGUUUUUGUAAGGGAAAUUUUUAUGUUAAUUUACUAGAACACGUCGAUUCGUGUUACAUGACUUGAGAAAUGCGAUAUUAAUAGACGUCUGACCCAUAAGUGUGUGAAUUUCAGGAACAACCAGUCAAGGUGGUCGAACCACUCAUUAGCAGAUAGAAAAUUGAAUCCAGUGCUUUUGUUUUGUUUUUAUUUAUGUUCAUAUCAUCCAGAUGUUCAUGUGAAUCUAUCUGUCCUAAUUGCAAAUGAAAGGUAGUUUCCUCAGUAUUCAUUAAUCUUCGGUUGUUGAACCAACUGUUUUUUUCCCAUAGAUUUCUACAUGAAUUUAAGUAUUUAUUUAUAAAUCAAUUCAGUCGGCGACCAACUGACUCUCUUAAUUCCAUUUAUUAAAGUCAAGCUGCUGUCUUGAGGAGAAUGGCUGGAAGAGCCUGUAUGUAGUUAGUGAAUGGACAUGUAACAGGCUUUUAGAUAAAGAAAAUUUAGUUUCUAAAUAAAAUAAAAUCAUGUUUUGAA